GGAGGAAGUGAUUCACCUCUGCUGGAGUUGCUUGCUUUUUGUGAACUUAAAUCAUGCGACAGCAACGGAUUAACCGGCUCUGAACAAGACUCGCUGUUCUGCACACAUGAACGCAGUUCCCUGCUUACAUAAGCACAGUAUCAGCUUUCAACCGGUCUGACAGACUGUAGUAGUAGUAGUGGUGGAAAUAAGAGGUUUCGAUGGAGCCCAGAAGUGUAUUCAAUGAGACAUUUUUCAUCGUCACUCGUGGGAAGUCGAGGAAAGGCUUCUGCCGAGGAUGUAUCGGGCGCGUGGAGGCGGAGAUGAAGCGUGGAGAGUUCAUGGGGCUUUUGUACGGCGGGAGCAGCAACCCAGGGAGCCCCAAGAACGGGGGAUUGGUGAGGAAGGAGGAUAUGUACCCGCUGACCCGCCACCAGGCCCAGCUCCUGCUCUUCGUCUCCAGCGCGAGCAAACGCCUGGAGCUGCUCUGUAACCCCCAGCUGUUCUCAGCCAUCUGUGAUCUGGCUCAGGAUGACCUGGUGGUGGUGAAGCACAAGAACGGACACCUCCCCGGUUUGGUGAAGAACUUGAUGCAAAUCGGAAGAAAGGAGAAUAAAGACGAUCUGUACAUGCUUGGCUUUGAGGUGGAAUUUGUGGACAAUGAUCAUAAUUUGUCAUCCAAGAAACCUGCUCCUCUAUCCCUUUUCAGCGCUGCAGACAUCAUCCAGGUGGUCUCAUCUUACUCUGUCCCCCUCGGACUGCAGUGGAGAGAUGGCAGAUGUGGGGGUUUAAACAGAAGGGUGGUGAUGCGCAACAGUUGUAUGGCAAAUAUCGGAUCUCGUGCACAACCUGUGACAGAGAACCAUAUAGAGCAGAGUUUGAUUCAGAACCAAAGUGUGAGCACCGUGCCUUUUGAGGUGGGAUCCAUGGUGGAGGUGGUUUCCAACUCUGGGAUCACAGUGUAUGGGGUCAUCCGGUGGUUGGGGAUCCCUGGAGAAAAGACCGGUGAAUGGGCUGGCAUUGAACUGGACUACGAGGUGAAGGGCUGCUCUGAUGGGACGUACGGUGGUCAGCGGUAUUUCACUUGCACAAAGAGCAGAGCUUUGUUUGUUCCCAUCACGAAAUGCAGCCCCGAUAGCAGGUUUCUAAGUGCCUUUACAGGAGAGGAGACCCUCAAAGCCACUGAAACGCCUGCAGUUCCUCCAUAUGAAGAUCCAGAUGAGGAUGUGCCACCUAUCCCUGAAUCAGAGGCACUGUCUUUACUAGUGGGGAAAAUGAAAGGGAUUCAGGGACAUAUUAAUUCCUGUUACCUUGAUGCCACACUCUUCAGUUUGUUCAGUUCAUCUGUGACCCUGGAUGGUAUCUGCCAGAAGCCUGCUGACACAGAGCAACCCAUAACCUGCACCCUGAGAGCAAUAGUGAACCGUUUACGCAGACAAGGCUUUGUGCCUGCAGAAAGUGUGAUGAAUUUUCGUAAACUACUUGGCUGUGACACUUUUCGGACAGAGGAAAAAGAUCCAGAAGAGUUCAUCACAGUCCUCUUUCAAAAGGUGCUUUGCAUAGAGCCUCUACUCAAACUCAGAUCGAAACGAGAAACGUCCCAGGGUGCUUACACCUUCCAGAUCUUUCUGGAAAAGGAGCAGAUUGGACAGAUACCCACGGUCCAACAGCUGCUGGACACAUCCUGCCUGUCAGGUGACCUUAAAUUUGAAACGAUGCCGUCCUGUCUAAUAGUCCAGAUGCCAAGGUUUGGAAACAAAUAUAAGAUGUUUUCUCACAUAAUUCCCUCCUUGGAGCUGGAUAUCACAGAUCUCUUAUACAACUCUCUGAGGGAAUGCUUCGUCUGUGGGCGUUUGGCAGAGUAUGAGUGUCUUCAGUGUCUACCAGAUCGCAAACUGCAACCAGGAAGAAUCAAACAGUACUGCACCACCUGUAACACACAGGUGCACAACCAUCCCUCACGGCAAGACCACUCUCCCAGUGCUUUAGCAGUACCAGCAGGUGUAGCCUCCGAUACUCCUGUUCCCAGGCACACAAUGCAGCUGUUUGCUGUGCUCUGCAUUCAAACCAGCCACUACGUGUCCUUUGUCAAAUAUGGCUCUGACCCUCAGUCCUGGCUCUUCUUUGACAGCAUGUCAGACAGAUGUGGUAAUGAUCAAAGUGGCUACAACAUUCCAGAGGUCCGAGCUUGUCCGGAGCUAGGUGACUUCCUGUGCCAGCCGGAGGAAGAGUUGUCUCGGGCCAACCCGUCCCAGGCUCCUGAACUAGUGCGCAGGCUGCUGUGCGACUCCUACAUGUUUUUAUACCAGAGCUCAGCCACUCUAAUUUGAAAGCCAAACAGUUAGGAGCCUUAAAUGUGUGUGAGGAUGAAGGUCACAUUGUUCCCAUAACAGCGUCUUCAACAACCUUACAUCUCCACUUAAUCAGCUUUUGUGCAGUUUAUCGUGCACAAACAGGAUCUGAAAUGGAUUUUUUUUUUUUUUUUUUUUACUAUCGUAGAGAAAAAGAAAUUUGACAUUAAUAGAUCUUAUGGUUUAUAUGUAUGAAGUGAAGGGAUGAGCAGUGGGAAAUGGCAUUCUAAACACCUUAUCUGCCUUUUUUUUGUUGUUGUUGUUUAAGUAUCGAAUGUCUUCUUGUUACAUUUUGAGUUUAUAUAAUAUAUUUUUCAAGGAAGGUUUUGCACUGUUUUUGUAUUCUUUGUGU